CACUAAUCUAUACAAUCUGCAUAUAAGGAGCUCUUUUAACCCGCUCCAGUCACAGCUGACUGGUAUACAGACAAAAUGGAAUAUACUAGGGCUUUUGAGAAAAACGCCAAAGUUUUCUCUGGUGGCAUGGAUAAAGUCCAAAUCAUUGAUUUCUAUAAUAUGUGGGAUGACUAUGAAAAGGACCUACAGCAUUACUACAAUGGCCCUGCUUAUGCCGCUGAGGCUAUUGACCGGAGCUUUCCGAGCAACAAGGACAAGGUUCUGAUCCUGGAUGUGGCAGCUGGCACUGGAUUAGUGGGAGAAGAGUUGCUGAAACGAGGUUUUAAAGAAUUACAUGCUUUGGAUCCAAGUGAGAGUAUGCUCAUAAAAGCAAAAAAGAAGAAUGUUUACAAGAAGUUUUUGUGCGAGUUUGUAAACCCUGAGCCAUCUCCAACAAUUGAAAAUGGAGGUAUGAUUGUUGUAGUCAUGCGAGAGGAAUACCUUCACAUCCCCGAAUACAGCGACAGUCUGGAACCCCUCAUGAAACAACUUCAGAACGAGGGACUCUGGAUGUGCAUAGAGAAGUCGGUCGUUCACAAGUACUUCUGCGACAAGCACGGCGUCAUAUUCCGGUACAGGGUACUCCAUCGCCAUUUAUGAGAACCACGUGACAUUGUUAUCUAAUAAAUUACCGAAUUCGUGGAAAUGAGAGAAAACAAAACCAAAGUGCACGUUUGGGGUUUUAACGCAUACAUGAGCUCUGUGAACAAAUGUACUAACCUUCAUCUUUAUAACUUCGAUCUAUAAACUAAGGAUUGGGGUUUUUCAUAAUUCUUUUUAUAGUUUCAUCAUUUUUGAUGGAGUAAUCAUCAGAAAAAAAUAACUACAUAUAUAGGUUUUAGGAAAACGCCACAUGUUAUCAAGCUUUGGUUGGGUUUUAACCAUAUUGAGACUAGCAUGGGAAUGCGGUAACAGCCCAUUACUUUGUCUUCAUGAACAUGCACCUUUUGCUCUAAAUAUUUUAAAGAUGUAAAACUUGAAUAAGGGUUAUCAACAGCAUUAUCACAGAUAUUAAAUUAAUAGUUCAACUGUUAAGAUUGGAUUCAUUUCCGUAUAAUAUCGCUUCAUAUAGACAUUUUGAAUUAUGUAUACAGGGAAUUAUUCGCUCCUGUUUUAUUUUUGGUUCUUUUCGCCCUCGUUGUCAGCGGGCGAAUUUAAGACUGGGCGUUUUCAUAUGUCUCAAACUAUUUUUCUUUAUUUCCAACUUUGUUGGGGCAAAUUCAACAAUGGGUGAAACCGUUUACAAGUGAAAAAGGGAGAAAAUAAUUUGAAGCAAAAAUAACCCUGUAUACAGUAGUAAGAUAUUCCAAAAACUAAGAUCAAUUCUGACUGAUUUUUUUUAUUUAUUUGUGUAUUAAUUUGCUUUCUGUGCAUGGGAUAAGCAGCAUUCACGACCGUAGGUAGACUGCGAGCCCCGGUAGCUUUCACACGUCUUAAAAUUUAGCCCCACCCUCAUCUGAGAUUCACAACCCGGUAAAAUAUUUUGCCUUUAAAGGGACUUGGACACGAUUUUAAAUCAAAAUUUCAUUUUCUUUUUAGCUCACCUGAGCUGAAAGCUCAAAUGAGCUAUUCUUAUCACAUUUUGUCUGUGGUCUGUCUGUCUGUCCGUCUGUCCGUCUGUAAACUUUUCACAUUUUCAACAUCUUCUCAAGAACCACUGGGCCAAUUUCAACCAAACUUGGCACAAAGCAUCCUUAG